GACUUUUUUCAAUCAGUCUUUUGCUUCAACUUUUGUCGUUGGUCAAUUCAUCAGGUGAACUGGAGUAGUUAACGGAAUAAUCCUAAUUAAGCAAAGAGUCAGUCACUGAAGAAAAUCUAUUAGUUAUCAUCGAAUUGAUCAAAUAGUCUGAACAACAAUGCGUAAUGGUCAAGGGAAAGAAGUGGCUUCAGUGAGUGUAAUGAUUAAAAAAUACGUGAAAUUGGAUCCAGAUGAUGAAUUCAGUUCAUCUGUUCUCAUCAAAAGACACGGGGAACAACUGAAAAAUAAACAUAAAGCCUCAAAAUGGAGUCGAUUACACGUAACAAAUACUGAAUUAUGGCUAUCUGGUGCUUACUGGUGGCCUAACUCAAUACUGAAUGGUAUACACUUGAGUGAAGUCAACUGCCUAAUAACAUUUUAUUCCACACCCAAUUUGUUGGCCAUGGGUAUAGCUUCACGUUUGUAUGAAUCAGAAAAGCAGUAUGUCCUGCUGUGUACAAAAAGUGGUACAGAUCGAGAUCAGCUGGUGAAAACAUUAACAACUCUUUGUGGAAAUCGAUAUAAACAAUCUGAAAAGAAAUUCAAUAUUCCAGUUGUUGGACCACCAGUCAAUAUUGUUGAAAUUUCACUAUCACCAGAUAUAAAGCAAUCAGUCAAUGUGGAAAAGUCAAUAGAAAACAACCAAGAAUCUCAGGUUCAGCUUCAGAACUCAACAGUACAUAACAAUUCAGAUACCUAUGUACGAGAGACAACAAUAAAAAUCGAGAGACCUAUUUCACCUAUCUAUGCACCACCGUUAACAGCUCCACUUGAAAAUCCCUCUAAUACUAGUGUCAGUGUGGAAACCUGUGACUUUCAUGCAUCGCUUGAAAAGCCACCAAUAUACAAGCCACAUCAAGAAGUUCAACGGGAUUCAGUAGAUAAUACAAGACCACCUAGAUUGAAACGUUUUAUUUCACCCUAUCAUGAAGGAUUGGAAUCUGGUUUGAAUCCUAAAGACUUAAUACAUGUUUAUUAUGAUUCAAAACGCGGAAAUAUUAUCACUGAAGAUGGGCCAAUAUAUUUAUACUGUGUGAACUGUCCUAGCGAAUAGAAGAAAGUAAGAGAUGUUAAUGUACAAUUAUUAUCAAUAUAGCAUUGUUACUACUGUUGUCUGUCAUCUGCUGUUGUGACACUGACAACCGAAAACACUUGAAAGAUCUAUAUAGACUGUUCUUACUGUCAGAUUUCAUCUCAGACUAUUAUUACUCUGGUUACAAAGUCCUCUUUAAUUCUGUCUAUCUAUUUUUUUUGUAAUGCAACUAUUUAGUUUACCUAUUGUAUCAACAUCCUCCAAAAGUAUCAUCAGUGACAAUAACAACAACAAGAAAAAAUUCUGACAAGAUUCAGUAGGUGUUUUUCAUGAACUUAACGAGAAGAUAGAAUUAUCUAUAUUGGUUUUGUUCUUGAACAAAUUUAGCCAUAUUUUGCACAUAUUUGUUCUGAGAUAUGCGGGUGUAUAUGUAAAUUAUUAAAUUACGUUAAAUUUA